AUGUCAGCAGAAAAUUCCUCAUCAAAAGCCUCACUCUUCUUGGAUUCUCCUAGGAAGUGGAAUCUAUGGAACAACAUGAUACUAGGUCUUGCCACUGAGCUCCAAGUACUGGAUCUUAUUAGUGAGGAAAGUCUCAAUAGGAUGAGUGAAAUACCUGAACCUGUUUCCCCAGAGUUCCCUAUUGAGUACACCAUGGAAGCAAGGGUUAAAUGGGAGAUGGAGAACAGCAGACACAACAAUGAUAGGAAUAUCUAUAAGGAAAAGCUUGCAGGUGUUAGCAAGAUCAGAACAGCGGACCGCCAGUAUGAGGUAUGGAAGAAGUAUCAGAACUUACAGAAGGUGUCUAAACAGAAUCUAGAUCAGUGA